CGAACCUGGCCCUUGCUGCCGGAUUUUUGCUUCCGAGCCCAGUCACUGUUAGGCCAGUCCUCAGGUUGGCGUUUUGCUGGGGAAUUAGGACACAGUAAGGCUGGUGUGGGGAUCAGAAGGCUCACCGCCACGUGGCACAUGAAUCUAGAGACUGAGCCAAUGAACAUAAACGACUAACAACGAAGAACUGACCUUGUUGCAUCGUCAGUGCUCCAGAAAAAUGGCGAUCACAGGUGGAACGUCAGUUUGCCCCCGUCUACGGAGCCACGCGAGCACGGCUAGGUGGGCGAUCCUCGCUGUCGUUGCUGCCCACUUAAACUUGGCGCUGGUGGAGUGCGGUCAGCGAGCCACUGAUGUCUUCUACCUGAGCUGGAGGGACGAGUUUGAGACGAGCGCUAAGCAGACAGCUGCCGUCCAGAGCAUCAUGUCGUCCCUCGGCUCCUUCAGUGGUCUGAUAGGCGGCGUAAUGAUCAAACGCUUCGGGUGCAGAAUGGCUGGAAUUGUUGGGGGACUCUUGGCAGCCACGGGUGUGUUCGGUACCACCUGGGUACGCAACAUAUCCCAGUUGUACCUAGCUGCCGCGGUAGCUGGAAUGGGGCUGGGGAUUUCUGUCAACACUUCGCUGGUUGCCGUCGGCCUACACUUCACGAGGAGGUACACGACAGCCAACGCCGUGGCGUACUCGGGCAGUGGGACCGGGAAGAUCGCAGCACCGCCCCUGAUGCAACUUUUCCUGAUCGGCUUCGGGUGGAGGGGGGCGCUGUUGAUCAUCUCUGGGGUCAUGGCCAAUGUCGUGGCCCUGGCCACCCUCUACCGGCGGGCAGGCACCAGGAGGAAACCAGACCCAGCUGGCACGGCGAACGAUCCAGCCUACGGGGAAGUGCACGAGGAUUUGGUGGGUGACCAGUUGGAGCCAAGGAACCGAAAUUCCCAUGAAUUCGUUGAGAAUGAUACCUCUGGGGAUAACCCAGAGAUCAAGAUGAAGUCGGUAAGGAACGCCGACCAUGAAAAUAGAACACCUGGCCAAUAUUCGUCUCUCAGCAGCGGCCGAGAUGAUGUAAAACCAAAAUGCACUUAUCUCAGGAAAGUGCUAUCUGGACUUGGGCUCGUGGUCUUCCGUAGGAGCUAUCGCUUCGGCUUGCUCUGUUUCCUGUCGGUUGCGACCGCCAUACCGUACUUUGGAUCGGCACCGUUCGUCAUUCCCCGGGCGCAGAGUAUUGGCGUCACGCCCACCAUGGCCGCUUUGCUGCUCACCGUGAACGGCGUCGGCGGCCUGGUGGGUCGCCUCGGCAACGGGCUGGUCAUCAGCUGGAAGCUGUCGGCCGAGAUCGUUUGCUUCAAGUGUGCGGCCGUAGCUGGUGUCUCGCUGCUCCUUAUGAACGUGGACAGCUACGUGUGUUUAUCCGUUUCCUCCUUCCUCUUUGGCCUGUCAACUGGUGUCCUGUUCUCUAUUUUCAUUGUCCUGACCCGGCGGUACGGUGGUGUCAAACAGUUCUCUGUUUGUUGUGGCAUCUACUACAUCUGUCUUGGUAUCGGGGGAUUAUUGGGACCGGUAGGAGCAGGUUCUCUGUUUGAUAGUUCCGAGAGUUACAAGACUGUGUUCUACGUGUUGGCUGGUAUUUACUUCGUGUGUGGCGCAUUGAUGUUUCUCUUCCCAGUACUCCGGCGUGUCGAACCAGGCAUUGAUGUUCCACCGUCAAAUGAAUGAAACCAGCUGUUAACUUAGUACAAAGAAGCCAGAGGCAAGUUCGAUCAAGGGCCAUAGUUAACCAUAGUUCGACUAACUCUGAUCGAACGCACCCUAAUUGACGAUGAUUGAACUAAGUCUAUUGAACUCUUCGCCAAACAUCGUUUUUAAUAGCACAGCGCAGUGAGGAACAGUUAUAAGAAAAAUGCUGGAUAAAUUGUAUGUCACUAGUAAACGACCAUUUUCAUUUUUAUUUUUGCUAUUUUGCCCUUCUCGCGGCCACCUUUUCUCCUCUUCGGCGUA